AUGUUCUACUAUGGACUAACCCACCUGGCGAUUCUCUAUCUCGCCUAUUCCAUCUUUGGCUGGAUAUGGGGCACUUGGUUCCUCGUGCUAUUUGUCAAGAUUGGAGAUGAUAUACUUCUGAGUAAUGGAUAUCUCCGUCUAAAUUACGGAGAUAUGUGCAUGAGCAUCGAGAAGCCAGGCAUCAACCAUAAUAUUUCAGGAUAUGCGAUCCUGGAGAAAGAAACCUAUGAGAGCUUUCAAAAUUUCAUUUUUAAAAGAGGAAUCAAGAAAGUCAUGAAGCUGAGGUCCAUCUUUGUUAAAAAGUUUGGCAUUCUUCUUUGGAAAGACCAAGGCCCUCAAGCUGGAAGGGACCAAAUAAAAUUAUGCACUGAAAAGAUAAAUGACGAAGAUGGCCUUAGGAAGUUUGCUGAGAAAAUUUGAAAUGAGAGAAUGGACUAUUCCAAACCUCUCUGGGAGUUCCAUUUUAUUGAGAACUAUUCGGAGACUCAGUCAGCAAUGGUUUUAAGGCUACACCAUGCAGUAGCAGAUGGAGGAGGAAUAGUUGGGCUAUUUUCUGCAAUGAAUGAUCCUGAUAAAAGACUAAAAAUUGGCAAACAGUUUCCAAAGAUUGGUUUCUUACAAGACCUUGUGUUGACAUUCGUUGGACCAAUAUACAGUGUGUAUUUGCUGGCGAAGAAAGGACUCUUUCACUCAGACAAAGAAGCCUCCAAGAUCAACGAGCUUAAGAAAGAGGAUGAUCACUAUGUGAAAUUCUACACUAGUAAGACGUCAUUCGAUUUCAAAGCCCUUAAGAAAUGCUACAAAAGAUUCCAAGGAACCCCAAAAUUCAACGACUACCUCAUGGGAAUCCUCUCGAUUAGUCUCAAGAAGUGGUACGACAAGUAUGGUCACACUGAUGCCCACAAGAUCAAGAUUGUGAACUCGAUGGACAUGAGAGGACUGCCUAAAGAUAUCAAGGAUGUAAAUCUUUAUAAUGAAAGUAUUGGAGUCCAAUUUGAGCUUCCAAUAAAGAAAGAGUUUGAACCAGCUAUGAAUGAAGCAAAGGAUAACUUCCACAAAGAUCUUGGACUCCUUGAGAUAAUAUCUUUAAGGAAAAUAUCAGACACGUUUCCUUUUUUGCCUGAAGUAGUGCUAAAGUUCUUUAUGAACGAGUUUUACAAAGGUGUUGACAUGAUGUUUACUAAUCUUCCAAUGUCUUCAGAGCCAUGUUAUAUUGCUAAUAGAGAAAUAAAAAAAAUUGGUGUGUUCCCUAAAAUGCACAACGCAGUAAACUUAUUCUUCGUCGCUUCCACAUACAAAGAUAGACUCUACUUAAAUGUCUCAGCUAAUGCUAACCUGAAGAUGGAUGCUCAGCUCCUCCUAGACAAUGCAUGUGAAUAUUUGGCUAAAGAUAUUCAAAAUUUUGGAAGCUAACCAUGGAC